AAAAAUCCAUCACCAUUCAUUUACAACAGGAAAUGCAUGCUCUUAAAGAGGGAGCUACCAUGUUACAACAUCAUCCAACAUCCUUACCACCACCUAUGGUACCACGUAUUAAAGAUGAACCAACACAAAAUUUCUUUUAUCCUCACAGCAAUCCCAUUGAUAAUGCUGCCGCAGCUGCUGCUGGCCUGGGCCUCAUAGAUCCACAUCACAACCGUGAAUUGCACAAUGCCUUGGUGGCAUCGAUAAAUGGUAAUGUGGCUGCUGCCGUCAAUGGUUCGCUAACAACAUCGGCUGUAUUAAAAAGUGCCUCGGUUGCUGCCGCCGCCGCCCAACAACAGCAUCAGCAGCAGCAACAACAACAGCAAGCUAAUACUAAUACAGUAUCUCAACAGCAGCAACAACAAAAUCAACAGAACACCAACAACACAAAUCAACAGCAACAACAACAGUCUCAGCAGCAGCAACAACAGCAAGGUUCACAGACCCAGCAACAACAGCAAGCUGGCAAUAAUCAAUCCGGCAAUAUGGUCAUCAAUGGUGGUGCUUCCAAUGAUAAAUAUACAUCAUCGGGACGUUCCACACCCAGCAACAGUAUCAAUGGUUCAGCUGGUACAGAUCCUGCCCCAGGCAAACUAUUUGUUGGUGGCCUUAGCUGGCAAACAUCAGCCGAAAAGCUCAAGGAAUAUUUUAAUAUGUUUGGCACUGUUACCGAUGUUCUAAUCAUGAAGGAUCCUGUUACCCAGCGUAGUCGCGGUUUUGGCUUCAUAACAUUCCAAGAACCUUGCAGUGUUGACAAGGUUCUCAAAGUGCCCAUACACACAUUGGAUGGCAAGAAAAUCGAUCCCAAACAUGCCACACCCAAAAAUCGCCCACGACAAUCGAAUAAAACCAAGAAAAUCUUUGUUGGUGGUGUCUCUCAGGACACCUCGGCCGAUGAGGUUAAAGCCUAUUUCAAUCAAUUCGGCACAGUUGAGGAGACAGUCAUGCUAAUGGAUCAACAGACAAAACGUCAUCGUGGUUUCGGUUUUGUCACCUUCGAAAAUGAAGAUGUUGUCGAUCGUGUGUGUGAAAUACAUUUCCAUACCAUUAAAAAUAAGAAAGUGGAAUGUAAAAAGGCACAACCCAAAGAGGCGGUAACACCCGCAGCUCAGCUAUUACAGAAACGUAUUAUGUUGGGUACAUUGGGUGUACCAAUACCGACUGGUCCAGGACAGUUGUUGAGUGCCCGGACAGCAGCCGGCGUUCAGGCUAUGAAUCAAUUUGCCAUUUUACCCAGCCCAGCCCAGUUACAAUUGCAUGCUGCUUCAGGUGCAGCCGCAUCGGCCGCAGCUGCCCAACAGGCAGCACUCAUUUCACAAAAUCCUUUCCAAGUACAAAAUGCCGCAGCCGCUGUGGCAGCUAAUCAGAGCAGUUUUGGUAAAUUGUUAUCGACAUAUCCUCAAGCAUUACAUAGUGUGCGUUAUUCACCCUAUCCCAUACCCGCCACAGCAGCCGCCGCUACUGCCCUGGCUCAGGCUCAACAACAACACCAUCAUCAUCAACAACAACAGGCAGUGGCCGUUCAUCAACAUCAACAACAACAGAAUGCAGCCGCCGCUGCUGCCCAACAACAUACAGCGGCCAGUAAUUCGGCGGCCGUAGCAGCUGCCACACAAGCUCACAAUGCGGCAUUGCAUGCCGCUGCCGCCGGAACACAACCUGCCAGUGCUGGUCAUGGUACUACAACUGUAACAAAUCCCUUAGCCGCUGCAGCGGCUCAACAAGCCGCCUUGGUAGCCUCAACAAAUCCCUUGAAUGCCGCCACCAAUCCAUAUCAAAGCUAUGCCUUAACAAAUGUUGAUAUGUCAAGUUUUCAGGGUGUGGACUGGAGUUCAGUGUAUGGCAUGGGAAUGUAUGUUUAA